CUCGACGAGUACUUAAAUGGCUCUCCUUUGAAGAAAUGAAGCCAACACCAGACGAAUCCUCAAGAAACAAAGCUUAGCAGAAACCCAGUUCUCAGAUGUUGACCCCUUUCAUUUGUGGCGCUUUCCAUCCCGAAGAAGACGACCAGCUGUUCGACGGCACGAGCCCGAGGAGAUCAUCGAGGAGGAGCCACCACCAACACCAGAACAAGGAGAACAAGAACCCGUACUCGGCUCGCGGCCUCGACAAGUUCGAGGCCCUCCUGUCCGACCUCCAGGAGAAGCGGCAGAAGAUUUACACCCAGAAGGGCUCCAGCGACAUAUCCCUCGUCCGGUUCGCUUACACGAGCUCCAACGAUUGCGUGCCCAUAGUGGUCAAGAAGGACAAGGCUAACAAGACCAAGACCAGCGAUCCUGGCGCCACCGGGGACCAUGCCGCGCGAAAUUCGAGUGAUGUCAAGGAAGUGACUGAAAGGAAGGCGGAUGGUCCGGAUAAGAAGGCGAAAAACAAGAGCUUCGAGCAGGGAUUCAUGAGAUUGGAGAAUUGGAGGCGGCCCUCGUAUUACAUGCCGGCGGCUAUCCUCUUGAUUCUGCUGUUCUUGGCCUUCUUUGGGAGGUCGGUCGCGAUCCUGUGCACCUCGAUCGGGUGGUACAUAGUGCCUACUCUCAAAGCCAGGAGCUGGAAUAGUUCGCAAAAGCCAGCGACGGCGAAGAAGAAGGAACUUGGCCGAAGAUUGAGCGAAAACAAGAUGGUGAUCAACAACAACAGAAGGUCUUCCUCUCCUCCUACCAAUAGGAGCCACAAUAAUUCCGGGCCAGACAAGUCGCCCGACCGCCACGGUCACCACAAAAGCUGGUGAAGGACGGUCCGAAUUCGCUCGAUUCACAGUCCCUGCACAUUCUUUCUGUUCUUUUUCAGGUGUACAAAGAGCCUUUUGACUUCGCUGAUGCAUCAACCUUUUUAUGCACUCUCAGCUUCAUGUCGACAUGUGGGUCGGUUUUGAUCCGCCCGCUCGAACGGUUCAUUCUUCGUUGUGAUCUUGAUAAUCAGUGUAAAUUAUGAGCAUAUAGUUGAUGUAUUAGGACACAGAACACACCCCCAUGUCAUGUAAGAACUGUAAUGGCACGGUGGGUAUUGGUUAGAGUCCAGUGAGAAACUGCUGAUCAUCCAUGAAUGAUGGGAUUUUCACCUUUUU